AAUAACGAUUUGGCGAGAAACUAUUGUGAGAUUACUGAUUAGUGAUUAGAUUUAAUAAGUUUUCUCUCUAAUCACUAAAUUGCAAUAAUUAUAAUAAUCUAUAAUUACAGUUCAAUUUAAAAACAACAUAUUAUUAUGUACCUAGUGGCUAGUGUAAUAACAAACUUAGUAUUUUGCAUGAUUCUAUAUUCUGUUGAUAAUGUCGGCCGUAUUGCUAAAGAAUAGAUUAAAUAGUAUUGCUGACUGCCGUUAUCAGCUAAAUUCCGAACAUUCGAGGUGUGUCAUCCGUCGACUACAUUAAUCUGCAGCCGUGAGACGAAAAUUCAACGAUUCUGCCGAACCAGAAUUUUGCAGCUCAUGCAGGUUAAGAAUUAAAAAGGGCGCGCGUCACAUUAUCAACGACCGGUGACGAGUUUGAUACUGUUUCGUGUUACCUAGUACCUACGUUAUAAUUCAACUUACCUUCAAUUUUUGGGAGUUUUGUGUGUUGGGACGCAUUGGUCCAUUUGUAUUUAAAUUCACCUACCAACGAUGACGGAGACGUUCAAAUUAUCCGACUAUGAUUGCAUUGGUUUCGAUCUGGACAACACAUUGUGUGAAUACCGCAUAGGGCCCAUGGUACAGAUGAUUUAUGACGUACUAAUCGAUUACCUCAUAAAAAAUUACAAUUACUCAGCCAAACAUCUGCGACAGCCGAUAGAUUUUGAUUUUUUUCAGAGGGGUUUGAUUUUGGAUGCUGAAAAAGGAAACAUUUUAAAAAUUAAUGGUACUGGUCAGAUAUUGAGAGCAGCCCAUGGCACUAAGUUCAUGACCGACGAAGAAAUCGAGUCCGUGUAUGGUCCGAACAGGACGUGGUCAGUAACCGAUGUGUUUGUACAAAAUUUUCUUGAAACCUGGAAUGGACCUAUGUCCGAACAAAUCAGACCACUUCUUGAUUUUUUCGAUAUUCCUGUGUCGCUUGUAUUUGGACGUUGUAUAGACGGUAUUGAUAACGUAUCUCGCCCUCAAACCUACAAUGUUUGGCCAGAUGUAUUAAAAGGCUUAAUCUACAUGUAUUCUAGGGAGAACUUUUCAGCAAAUACUGGUGAUUAUUUUCCAUACUUAAAAUCAACUCCCUCUUUAUACUAUAAUAAAUGUCCCGAGUAUGUGCUCAAAUGGCUUAAAGAACUAAAACAAACUAAAAAAGUUUUCCUGAUAUCAGGAUCACAUGUAGACUACGCUAAUUUUACGGCUACACAGUCAUUAGGUGAAAACUGGAAAGACUUAUUUGACAUAGCUGUUUUUUAUUCUAGAAAACCUGGAUUUUUUACUGCAAAUAAACCAUUUUAUAGCACAGACUCUCAAAUGUUAAAUGAAUGUGAUGUUGUGGAAAAUAUACAGUUUAAAAAUAUUUAUAGUCAAGGUAAUUGGAAUCAGUUACAUGAUUUAUUUAAAAAAGAAACUGGGAAGUCUAACCCAAAGUGCUUGUAUGUUGGUGAUAAUAUAUUGCAAGACGUUGUAGCGCCUGCAAAGUUCUCUGGUCUUGAUACUAUAGCUGUUGUUGAAGAGAUGAAACUAGAUUCAAAUGAUAAUGAUAUUAAUCCUGACAAUGACAUGUUAAAAAUAAACAAAUGGAGUUCAUAUCUAGUUGACAGUGACAAGAGAGAUACAUCCAUAUGGACUUCGUUCAUUGCAAAUCAUGGAAAACUUUGUAUUCCAUCCAUAAAGCAUUUGGCAAAAAAGCCCAUAAAUUUUGAAUUUACACCAUUUACUAAAAAUAAAGUGGUUUUGAAUGGUAAUGGUUUUUUUCCAUUUAUACCUAAUAGCUUAUACAAAAUUAUAAAGUAAUAAUAUAAAGCCAUCAAUAAACUCUUUUUAGAACUUUAAA